UUUUCUCUCUCUCAGCUCGUCAGUACUAAUCAAACCAAACAGACUUCUACUUUCCGUCUUCAUUCAGUUUUCCGGGAAAAUGUCUGCUGGCAUGGAAAAAUGCAGCAAAAUCCGCCACAUUGUUCGGCUCCGCCAAAUGCUGAAGCGGUGGCGCAACAAAGCCCGUAUGUCGUCGACCCAUCGAAUCCCGUCCGAUGUACCGGUAGGACACGUGGCAGUCUGCGUGGGCACCAACUGCAAGAGAUUUGUGGUGCGGGCGACGUACCUGAACCACCCCGUGUUCAAGAAGCUACUAGUUCAAGCAGAAGAGGAAUUCGGGUUCACUAACCACGGUCCAUUAGUGAUACCUUGCGACGAGUCCGUGUUCGAGGAGGCGCUCCGGCAUAUAUCCAGAUCCGAGUCCGGUAAGUCGACCAUUUUCGUGAAUUUGGAGGAUUUUCAGAGAUACUGUCACGUGGAUUUGGUGAGCAGUAAGCUUGAUUUCUGGCCCGAAUCUCGACCGUUGCUUCAUGGGUUAGCGGGGAAGACAAUCUGGUGAAGGGAAAAGGACCCCCAAUCAGCUGAUUUGACCCGGUAUUGACUCCAUCCGAGUUUGGUGAAGCCGAAUUAAGUAAUUAACUGGCAAUGCAAGCGAAAUGGCCGAGUUAAUUGAAAUUGGGUUUUCGGGUUUCUUUACUUCUUUUCCUUUUUCUUUUUUUUUUAUAAAAGGGUCAUUUUUAUCUGAUGAUUGAUGAAGAUACUGUAUACGGAGCUCUGGAGAAUGCAAGGAGAUGGCAACAAUGGUGGGUGGGUUAUCCACCGAGUCGUCCCGGGUUCGAUUCGGAGCGGGAGGCGGAAGACCCACAUUGAGAGAUGACUAUUAAUCGUGUCACUUUUUGUAAAUUUUUUUCCUGUGUGAUUUUAUUGAUUAUUUGAAUUGGAAAUGGAAAUUGUAUAGAAAUUCCAGCAAUAAUAAUAAUAAUAAAUAUUGUUUCUA